AUGUUCGUAAAAGUAACAUUUAAGCAAAAUUCUGUUCUUUUUAAGAACGACCUUGAAGAUUUGGAAAGCCUUUUAAAAGCUUUCAAAUAAUUAGCCAAAGUUGAUGCUGAUCUUUCUAUCACUUUUAUCUUCAGUGAUUAAUCUAAUGGCUAAAAGUCUAUUAUCCUUACCAAUGAAGACCUUCAAAUUGUGAGAGAGGCCGUAAAAUCUGAAAACAGAUCUAUAAUUAACUUCGAGGCUGUUGAAACUAGCGAUGAAUUAACUUAGAUUUAAAACGAAGAUAAUGCCGCAAGUGACAGCGAAACUGAAAUCGUUCAUAAUGAUGAUUCUGAUGAAUUCUAAUUGGUUUAAUAAUCUUAAAAAGUUGAAGAAAUUCCUGCAGAAGUUAAUAAAGAAGAAAUUCCUGACUGCAAGUAAGCAAAGAAAAAGAAACAAAUUGAAAAAAUCAAAAAAAUUGUUUAGAAGGAAAUUAAGAAGCAGAUUCCUUCAAUUACUGAAUAAAUUAGAAGCUAAAUUCUAAAGGAAAUAAAUCAAAAACCCUCUGCUCCUUCUACUGCUUCUACUGAAUAGUCUUCCUCUUCUCAAGUUAAGCAUGAAGGUUUUAUUUGUGAUGGAUGUGAAGCUAAUCCUAUAAUCGGUGUUAGAUACAAAUGUGUUAAAUGCCCAGAUUAUGACAUUUGCGAGAAAUGCGAAGCUAAUGGUGUUCACAGUCACCACGCUUUCUUGAAAAUAAGAAAACCAGACAUGGCUCCUCAAAUGCUAGUCUGUGUUGAAGCAGAUAGCGAUGCUUAAGAGUUGAUUUCUUAACUUCCUCAAGAAUAACGUCAUAGAGUUAUUGAUGUUGAUUUCAAUUAACUAUUUGGCACAUUCAAUAGCAACACCAAAACUACUGAAAAGAAGGAAAAGAAGGAUAAGAAAGAAAAGAAGGAAAAGAAAGAAAAGAAGGAAAAGAAAGAAGAAAAAGAUGGAGAGAAAAAGGAAAAGAAGGACAAAAAGGAAAAGAAAGAAAAGAAGGAAAAGGCUCCUAAGAGUAUCCUCAAGCCCUAAUAAAGAGUUUCUGAAAUUGUCGCUUCCGUCGUUGGUGGCUCUCCUUCUGAUUAUGAAGACAUAUGUGAAGUAUUAAAGGAAUUUACUGUCGAUGAAAUUAUUGAAGCUGUUCUUGCAAAUGCUGAAUCUAUGAGAUAAUCCUCAAACUCUACCCCCUCUUCUGAAGUUUAAGUUUAGGAAGUCAAAGAAGUUAAGGUUGUUUAAGAAGUUGAAGUUAAGGAAACCCCUAAGCCUUAAGUCACUUUUAGCAUUCCUGAAGAAGUAUCUAAGAAGGAUGAUAAAGACUCUUAAAUCGAGCUAAAUGCCAAAUUGAUUGCUUCAGUUGUCGAUGGAAACGAGUAAUCUUUCACUCAUUACAUCACCCUUAUCUAGUAGAAUCCCAAUAAAUCUAUUGAAGAGUUGAUUGAUCUUGUUUUCGAAAAUAAGAUUCAAUAAGUCGAAGUACCUAAAAAGCAAGAAUGUCCUAUCUUCUAUAAGCCCAAGGAAGUAGAAGAAAAGCCAGUCUCUGAAUCCUAUCCUCCCAUCUUGUAGAAGAAAGCUGAAUAAGUUGCUGAAAUUAUGGGUGGAAAAUUCUAAGAUUAUAUCAACAUUAUCCUUAACAUGCCUUCUAAAUACACUGUUCAAACUAUAAUUGAAAAUCUUAUCAAUGAAUAACCUAUUAAAGAAAAUGUUAACGUUGAAGAAAAGUCUCAAGAAAAAGCUGAUUCUAUGGACAAGCUCUUUGAAGUUAAGGAGGAACCUAAAAAAAUCUUGAAAAAGAGAUUCUCUGAAAAUAUCAAGAAGAAAGCCCAUUAAAUUGCUGAAGUUUUAGGAGAAUCUCCUGAAUUAUACUAUGGUAUUUGUGAUGCAUACUGCCUUAGCAAUUUCAAUGAAAUCAUCGAAAUAAUUAUCGAUGAACCUGAAUUGAUCAACAAAUAUAGUAGCUACAAAAACUGA